AUGGGCGGGCGAGGAAGGACGCACUUCCGUCGGUUCGUGUGCGUGCCCGUGGGUGAGAGUGGCCACGUGCGCGCUCGAGUGCCUCUGCCCAGGGAGACUCCUUUGUUCAAACCACAGCAAGAGGUGUCCCAGCAUAGCCCGGUCGCCAGAUGGCUGCGCCCUGUCCCCACGGCCGUCUGCGGGAGGCCCCUGCCAGGCCUCGGAGCGUCCCCUGGGUUCCAGCACUCGCCCCGCGAAUUUCGGCGUCAAGGCAGGGAGGACCCGGGGCGCUGCGCUGCGGUGACUGACAGUAACCCCGCGCGGGGCACCCUCCGCCGGGUCAAUGACCGCGCUCGCCCUGCCGCGGCCCGCGCAGCGCCCGGGGCCGCCCGGCCCAUCACCCUAUCACCUAGCAACGCCCACUCGAGGGGCGCCAUUGGGCCAGCGCGCACGCCCCCGGCCCCCGAUUGGCUGCGGCUGCAGAGAGAGCCACGCCCCCGGCCCGUCUCCGCGGAGCCCGGACGCGGGCCGGUCAAUUCAUACGCCUAG